GUCGCGCACAGCGCCCCAGCCCAGCGCCUCCCCGCCCCCUCCCCGCGCUCAGCGGCGGCCGCGGUGGCAGCAACAUGGCUGUGGAUGGGUGUUCGGGGUGGCGCUGGCGGCGGGAGGAGCUCCCCCGAGCCCCUGCGCCGGCCGCCCGCUGCUAGCUAUGGCAAAUGGUGGCGACGGCGGCGGUGGCGACAGUAGUAGCAGCGGCGGCGACGGCGGCGGAGGCAGCGGUCUUAGAAUGAGCAGCAAUAUCCACGCGAACCAUCUCAGCCUAGACGCGUCCUCCUCCUCCUCUUCCUCCUCCUCCUCUUCCUCCUCGUCCUCGGUCCACGAGCCCAAGAUGGAUGCGCUCAUCAUCCCGGUGACCAUGGAGGUGCCGUGCGACAGCCGGGGCCAACGCAUGUGGUGGGCUUUCCUGGCCUCCUCCAUGGUGACUUUCUUCGGGGGCCUCUUCAUCAUCUUGCUCUGGCGGACGCUCAAGUACCUGUGGACCGUUUGCUGUCACUGCGGGGGCAAGACGAAGGAGGCCCAGAAGAUUAACAAUGGCUCGAGCCAGGCAGAUGGCACUCUCAAGCCAGUGGACGAGAAGGAGGAGGCGGUGGCCGCCGAGGUCGGCUGGAUGACCUCCGUGAAGGACUGGGCAGGUGUGAUGAUAUCUGCCCAGACGCUGACUGGCAGAGUCCUGGUUGUCUUAGUCUUUGCUCUCAGCAUUGGUGCACUUGUAAUAUACUUCAUAGAUUCGUCAAACCCAAUAGAAUCCUGCCAGAAUUUCUACAAAGAUUUCACAUUACAGAUCGACAUGGCUUUCAACGUGUUCUUCCUUCUCUACUUUGGCCUGCGGUUCAUUGCAGCCAAUGACAAGCUGUGGUUCUGGCUGGAAGUGAACUCUGUAGUAGAUUUCUUCACGGUCCCUCCCGUGUUUGUGUCUGUGUACUUAAACAGAAGUUGGCUUGGUUUGAGAUUUUUAAGAGCUCUCAGGCUGAUACAGUUUUCAGAAAUCUUGCAGUUUCUGAAUAUUCUUAAAACAAGUAAUUCCAUCAAGCUGGUCAAUCUGCUCUCCAUAUUCAUCAGCACGUGGCUGACGGCCGCCGGCUUCAUUCACUUGGUGGAGAAUUCAGGGGACCCAUGGGAAAAUUUCCAAAACAACCAGGCCCUUACGUACUGGGAAUGUGUCUACCUGCUCAUGGUCACCAUGUCCACUGUGGGUUACGGGGAUGUUUAUGCAAAAACCACACUCGGACGCCUCUUCAUGGUCUUCUUCAUCCUCGGGGGACUGGCCAUGUUUGCCAGCUACGUCCCUGAAAUCAUAGAGUUAAUAGGAAACCGCAAGAAAUACGGGGGCUCCUAUAGUGCGGUUAGUGGAAGAAAGCAUAUUGUGGUCUGUGGGCACAUCACCCUGGAGAGCGUUUCCAACUUCCUGAAGGACUUUCUGCACAAGGACCGGGACGAUGUCAAUGUGGAGAUCGUCUUUCUUCACAACAUUUCCCCUAACCUGGAGCUUGAAGCUCUGUUCAAACGACAUUUUACUCAGGUGGAAUUUUAUCAGGGUUCAGUCCUCAAUCCACACGAUCUUGCACGAGUCAAGAUAGAGUCGGCAGAUGCGUGCCUCAUUCUUGCCAACAAGUACUGCGCUGACCCAGAUGCUGAAGAUGCCUCCAACAUCAUGAGAGUAAUCUCCAUAAAGAACUACCAUCCGAAGAUCAGGAUCAUCACUCAGAUGCUGCAGUAUCACAACAAGGCCCAUCUGCUAAACAUCCCAAGCUGGAAUUGGAAAGAGGGUGAUGAUGCAAUCUGCCUCGCGGAGCUCAAGUUGGGCUUCAUAGCCCAGAGCUGCCUGGCUCAAGGCCUCUCCACGAUGCUCGCCAACCUCUUCUCCAUGAGGUCAUUCAUCAAGAUUGAGGAAGACACGUGGCAGAAAUACUACCUGGAAGGAGUCUCCAAUGAAAUGUACACAGAAUAUCUCUCCAGUGCCUUCGUGGGUCUGUCCUUCCCUACUGUUUGUGAGCUGUGUUUUGUGAAGCUCAAGCUCCUAAUGAUAGCCAUUGAGUACAAGUCCGCCAACCGAGAGAGCCGUAUAUUAAUUAAUCCUGGGAACCAUCUUAAGAUCCAAGAAGGUACUUUAGGAUUUUUCAUCGCCAGUGAUGCCAAAGAAGUUAAAAGGGCAUUUUUUUACUGCAAGGCCUGUCAUGAUGACAUCACAGAUCCCAAAAGAAUUAAAAAAUGCGGCUGCAAACGGCCCAAGAUGUCCAUCUGCAAGAGAAUGAGACGGGCAUGUUGUUUUGAUUGCGGACGUUCUGAGCGUGACUGCUCGUGCAUGUCAGGCCGUGUGCGUGGUGACGUGGACACCCUUGAGAGAGCCUUCCCACUUUCUUCUGUCUCUGUUAAUGAUUGCUCCACCAGUCUCCCUGCCUUUGAAGACGAACAGCCGUCAACGCUAUCACCAAAAAAAAAGCAGCGCAACGGGGGCAUGCGGAACUCGCCCAACUCCUCGCCGAAGCUGAUGAGGCACGACCCCUUAUUGAUUCCUGGGAAUGACCAGAUUGACAACAUGGACUCCAAUGUGAAGAAGUAUGACUCCACCGGGAUGUUUCACUGGUGUGCUCCCAAGGAGAUCGAGAAAGUCAUCCUGACUCGAAGUGAGGCUGCCAUGACCGUGCUGAGCGGUCACGUUGUGGUCUGCAUCUUUGGUGACGUCAGCUCAGCCCUGAUUGGCCUCCGGAACCUGGUGAUGCCACUCCGUGCCAGCAACUUCCAUUACCACGAGCUCAAGCACAUCGUGUUUGUGGGCUCCAUUGAGUACCUCAAAAGGGAGUGGGAAACGCUCCAUAACUUCCCCAAAGUGUCCAUACUGCCUGGUACACCAUUAAGUCGGGCUGAUUUAAGGGCUGUCAACAUCAACCUCUGUGACAUGUGCGUUAUCCUGUCAGCCAAUCAGAAUAAUAUUGAUGAUACUUCGCUGCAGGACAAGGAAUGCAUCUUGGCGUCACUCAACAUCAAAUCUAUGCAGUUUGAUGACAGCAUCGGGGUCUUGCAGGCUAAUUCCCAAGGUUUCACACCUCCAGGGAUGGAUAGAUCCUCUCCAGAUAACAGCCCAGUGCAUGGGAUGAUACGCCAACCAUCCAUCACGACUGGGGUGAACAUCCCCAUCAUCACUGAACUAGUGAAUGAUACCAAUGUUCAGUUUUUGGACCAAGACGAUGAUGAUGACCCUGACACAGAACUGUACCUCACUCAGCCCUUCGCAUGUGGGACCGCAUUUGCCGUCAGCGUCCUGGACUCACUCAUGAGUGCGACAUACUUUAAUGACAAUAUCCUCACCCUCAUACGGACCUUGGUGACUGGGGGAGCCACCCCGGAGCUCGAGGCUCUGAUUGCUGAGGAGAAUGCCCUUCGAGGGGGCUACAGCACCCCGCAGACCCUGGCCAACAGGGACCGCUGCCGCGUGGCCCAGUUAGCUCUGCUGGACGGGCCCUUCGCAGACUUGGGGGAUGGUGGUUGUUAUGGUGAUCUAUUCUGCAAAGCUCUCAAAACAUAUAAUAUGCUUUGUUUUGGAAUUUACCGGCUAAGAGAUGCCCACCUCAGCACCCCCAGCCAGUGCACGAAGAGGUACGUCAUCACCAACCCCCCCUACGAGUUUGAACUUGUGCCCACGGACCUGAUCUUUUGCUUAAUGCAGUUUGACCACAACGCCGGCCAGUCCCGGGCCAGUCUGUCCCAUUCCUCCCACUCGUCACAGUCCUCCAGCAAGAAGAGUUCCUCUGUUCACUCGAUCCCAUCCACAGCAAACCGGCAGAACCGGCCCAAGUCCAGGGAGUCGCGGGACAAACAGAACAGAAAAGAAAUGGUUUACAGAUGAACCGGAUAAUGCCUAUCCCAGAAACAUUCAAAUCAAGCCCAUGAGUACCCACAUGGCUAACCAGAUCAACCAAUAUAAAUCCACAAGCAGCUUGAUUCCUCCAAUCAGAGAAGUUGAAGAUGAAUGUUGACUCCCAGGAGACCAGAACUAUUUUUUUAAAGCCUGACAAACUUCAUAAAUGGUGACGUGACUUUUCUUCCUCCUACAUGCUGAAUCACUGGUGGAAACAUUAGGAUAAGCAAGAAUUGCAAGAAAAUAAUGUAGACGCAAGAAUUGCAAGAAAAUAAUGUAGACAGAUCUUUCUCUUUGUUCGCCUUGAAUAUCGCUUCCAUGUAUUUUGGAAAAGAAAAUGAUUUCAUUUAUAAAUGAACAUACUAAAAUAGUCAUGUAUAGCCUCUAGCAUUUUAAAUUAUUUUGUUUAUUAGAAAAGAAAAUAUAUUUUUUCUUUUUUCUUUCAUUGUCAAAUAUCUUCCCUAUAGCUAAACAAUGCAAAAUCAAACAUGAAUAAGUGGCCAGACUCCUUAGGCACAUUUCUUUCUUUUCCUUUCAGGAGAAUGAUGGUCACCUCCACAGUUAUUGUAAUUAAGGGAAAUGGAUUAUAAAAACAAUUUUAACAUGGUUAACAAUGUCUACAUGUAUUUCAGUAAAUCCAAAAUGAAAACAAAAGAGGCCAGGUGUUCACCUGCUCCUCUCUUAGAAGGGUGUGUGUUUUGAUCUAUAUUGACACCAGCUCUUAAUAAAUGAAAACUUACUUAUUUUCACAGUUGAAAGUCAAAUUUUUGUAGUGUUAGUUUUCAUUUUGUAUUUCUCACCUCUUUUUCAGAUACUGAAGGGAAACACCUUCUUGCAGCUUUUCUAUGAAGGCCAGGUCAGGUUUAGGCAGCCAAGUAGCAGUACCAGAAGGGUUGUGGGCAACCCUGGGAUGUUGGAGUUGAGGACCAGGGCAUACAAGACAUGUGUAUUGUUCUGCAGUCGGGGAUUCCUCCAUGCGGUUGUUCUUCUCAUUUCAUAGUUCCAAACCACACAAACAAUUAAUUUUCACUUUGGGAGGACCUUGUGAACUUUCUGCCCCAACCCCAAGUCGCAGAGCUUUUGGCCUGAAAGUUUAUAAACACCAAUGAAUAAUUUUCCUUUACAGUGGGAUCUGAGACGCACUCAUUUAUCUUGCUAAAUUUUUGUUCAAAAUCCAGAAAUUUUCCCUGAUCAAGGAAGCGACUUUGGUGAAGAUUUCAAUUUGCUUGCUUUCCUUGAUUUAAAAAUUGCUGGGACAAAACACGCGAACUUGCUACAGCAAUGUUAAACAAUAAUAAUAACAUCAAGGAAAACAACAAAUGCACUCAAUAUAGACUGUUAGUAAAAGGCCUCCGGCAAUUACCAGCAAUGAAACAAAACAUAAGAGCCACACAAACUGUGGUCAAAAGAUUUUUCUAGCCAUUAUUCACUGUCAGCACAUCCCAGCUCUGCUUUUGCUUGCAUGCCGUGUGUACAGCCACCCCAACAAAUGUUCUGUUCUGAUGAUUAGCAAGUCUUUCAAAAUCAAAAUGAGCAAUUUUUAAAUCUGAUCACCAGGGUCUCUGGAGAAGCAUGGAUGUGAUAGUGAUUUUCAUUUUCUUAAAAAUGUAAACUGUGGCUACUUAACCAAAUGAAUCAGAAUAUUCCCCCAAAAUCUCAUGAGAUCUACUCCAUUUUCUCUAGGCCCUGACCCUGUGGUACCUAGUUAUGAUAGUGCAAAUACAAUCAGAGCAGAGCACUGAGGUCACCAUGAAAAUAUACAUCAUUAAGUACUCCAAUUUCAGAUGUAGGCAAAGUGACCUUCCACCUCUGUCCACUCCCUGCAGUGCCAAUGUAGUCGUGCUUCCACCUUGUAGGCAUUGUCCUGCAGUGACGUGUUGGACUGUGAUUACUCUGUUGUCACAUUUUGUAGAAUUAGUUCUAUAAAAGUAUUGUGAAUAUAACAUAUGUCCAAUUGGAUUGUUAAAAAAA